AUGGAGAGGACAAUCGACGAGGCCAAAUACCCAGAUUUUUUUCAGUUGAAUGAAUUGAAUGUCGGCGCCUGGAAAGCUGGAGGCCGUGUCUACCUCCACCGCAUCGAUGUGGAGGAUUCGUUGGCGCCACUUGGCUCAGCGCAGCACUCCGUUGUAAUUACCUGGGCCAUCUUCUUGGCAAUGAGGUUGCGCAGGGGCUGCCAAGUGUUCUGCCACCUGUACAAAGAUGCAGCUGGCAUUGGCGCAGAAAGUGUGAUGUGCGCUACCGACGAUUCCAGCAGCACGGGAACACCCUCUUCGUUCGCCAGUAUCGCCAGUGUGGACAGUACAACGGACGAGGCUGAGCGACAUCAACCUUCUGGGGACCAGGUCUCAUGCUGCGGUUUCGGCAGCAUGCCGCACGAGCUCAGCCUCUUCAAAUUCCUCGGCGCGAAGAACUUCUGCAAUCUGCGCGCGGCGUGUGCCACUUUGGCCAGUAACCAGGUGCUGCUGAAGAACCUUCUGGAUGACGCCUGCAGGAGCGUUUCAUCCGGCAGAACUACAUCCUGUGCUGGUCGCCGGCGCUCUCUGGAACCAACAACAGGAUCCGGUUCCUGA